GUCGGGCCAUGUUGUAGGAAAUCCGCUCGCGGUGGAUUAUUGUAAUCCGACCGAGCGACCGGACACACCGGAUCACGACGGAGCAAAAAAAGAGAAGCGACGGAAACCAGCGGCGGCGCAGCGGCCUGUGACGGAGCAGCUCGGCCCAGAACGAAGCGGUAAAGUUGUGAUGAUCUGCCGCCUCCGAGCUCCGAGCUCCCGCAGCCACUGAUCGGCGGAGUCCGGGGCCGUUUCCUGGAUCCAUCCGUCCUCUGACAGCGGCUCCACCGCAGCGCGAGCACCGGGGACACCGGUCGGAUAAAGACAAGACAGAUCCCCCGUCCGGUUCUGGUCCAGCCCGGCCCGGCUCGGCUCGGCUCGGUCGUCCUGUCCGCGGACUGAAGCGCCGCUGCCGCCGCUCACACUCCCUCGAGCUAGCGGCUAGCUCAGCGCAGUUAGCAUCAGUUAGCAUCGGCUAGCAUCGGCUAGCAGCAGGCGAGUCGGGAAUCGACCGAGUCCAGUCCGGAGCAGAGAGACGAGUCGUCGGCCCGCCGGAGGGAGGAUGUCGGUCAAGGAGCAGAACAAACUCUCCACCGUGGAGCGGCCUGUCAAAGCGGUGCCGUACCCUCCCGGGACCCGCCUCACGGUCCAGGACCUGUACGUUGACGGGCGGCCCAGUGUGGAGCUGCUGAAGGCCCAUCUGGUGAAGGAGGGGCGUCUGGAGGAGGAGGCGGCUCUACGCAUCAUCAACGAUGGAGCAGGAAUCCUCCGCCAGGAGAAGUGCAUGCUGGAGGUGGAGGCUCCCAUCACAGUGUGCGGAGACGUCCAUGGUCAGUUCUUCGACCUGAUGAAGCUCUUCGAGGUGGGCGGGUCUCCCAGCAGCACCCGCUACCUGUUCCUCGGCGACUACGUGGACCGAGGCUACUUCAGCAUCGAGUGUGUGCUGUUCCUCUGGGCUCUGAAGAUCAACCAUCCCAACACCCUGUUCCUCCUCAGAGGGAACCACGAGUGCCGACAUCUCACAGAGUACUUCACCUUCAAACAGGAGUGUAAGAUAAAGUACUCUGAGCGUGUCUACGACGCCUGUAUGGAGGCGUUCGACUGCCUGCCUCUGGCCGCUCUCCUCAACCAGCAGUUCCUGUGUGUCCACGGAGGCCUGAGCCCCGAGGUCACCUGCCUGGACGACAUACGGAAGCUGGACCGGUUCAAGGAGCCCCCGGCCUUCGGGCCCAUGUGCGACCUGCUGUGGUCGGACCCGGGCGAAGACUACGGCUCUGAGAAGACGCAGGAACACUUCUGCCACAACAGCGUCCGCGGCUGCUCCUACUUCUACAGUUACCCAGCGGUGUGUGACUUCCUGAUGAACAACAACCUGCUGUCUGUAAUACGAGCACAUGAAGCGCAGGACGCUGGGUAUCGAAUGUACAGGAAGAGUCAGACGACAGGUUUCCCGUCUCUAAUCACAAUCUUCUCUGCUCCAAACUACCUGGACGUGUACAACAACAAAGCGGCGGUGCUGAAAUAUGAGAACAACGUGAUGAACAUCCGUCAGUUCAACUGCUCCCCUCAUCCCUAUUGGCUGCCCAACUUCAUGGACGUGUUCACCUGGUCUCUGCCCUUCGUGGGGGAGAAAGUGACGGAGAUGCUGGUGAACGUGUUGAACAUCUGCUCCGACGACGAGCUGAUGUCGGAGGGAGAUGACACGUGUGAAGGAGGAACUCCGGCCGUCAGGAAGGAGGUGAUCAGGAACAAGAUCCGGGCGAUUGGGAAGAUGGCUCGAGUCUUCUCUGUGCUCAGAGAGGAGAAUGAGAGUGUGUUACAGCUGAAGGGCCUGACUCCGACAGGGACGCUGCCAAUGGGAGUUCUGUCUGGAGGUCGACAAACUCUGCAAAGCGCCACCGUCGAGGCAGAGGAGGCCCGAGCCAUCCAAGGCUUCAACCCUCAGCACAAGAUCCAGAGCUUCGAGGAGGCUCGUGGUUUGGAUCGGAUCAACGAGCGGAUGCCGCCGCGCCGGGACAGCAGGCAGCCGGACUCCGCCCCCUCCCUCAACAACCUGCCGGCGAGCGGCGCUGCGCCUCCGGACAAGAACGGCACCGACGCUCAGGCCUAGACGCUCCGCCCCCUCUCUCCCCCCUCUUCCUCUUCCUCCUCCUCCUCAGUUCAGUCCGAGCGACGCUCACGCUUAUUUUUUCCAUCAUCUAUUAAAUAUCAUAGUUUCAGACUGAACAGGAUCAAAUCUCAUCCGCACACGACGGACAAAAACCAUUUCACCAAAUCUGGAGCCUGAUACUUUUUUUAUUUCUUUGUCUUUUUUCUUUUUUUUCUUUGUCGAGGAAGCGAAGCUCAUUCAAACGCUGUGUUCGUGCUCACACACACACACACACACACACACACACACACACACACACACACACACACACACACACACACACACACACACACACACACACACACACACACACACGAUCCAUCCUUUCUUAUGCCAAUGAUAGUGUGACUGAGCUCCGAGGAGCAAGUAUUGACAUUUAUAUUAUUAUUAUAUAUGUAUAUUUUAAUUGUUCCCUCUUUUCAAUGUGAUGGUUUAUUUUGAUUUUGUUUUUUACAACUUAUAGAUUUACAGUAUAAGCUUUACUGUCCGGAGAGGGGGGGUGAGGAUGGAGGGGUUAAAGGUUCAUUCCACCUUCAUGCAGCUCGACGUUUUUCCUCGGACGUGGUCAAAAGCUCCAGAGAAAGUGAGGAAAGUGUUUUUUUCCGUGUGUCAAUCAACUCACCAGAGAAACUGAGGAGUCGUAAACUGCAGCACCGUGUUUCACCAGCAGGGCGACGGGUUCCAAACGACACGUUUCCCUCAAUAACACAAACUUCUGUCGUCACGAUUAAACUCUGACAUCAUAGAAAAUUUUUAUUAUCAUGAACAUAAACAGUAAAAAAGUUUUCUUCACGCGCUGCAUGUCAUUUAAUCAGCUUUAAUCAGAGUCGGGGGCGGCGUCCUCCAGAGGACUCGGCCUAUGAGGGGGCUUGGCCUCCGACCUCAGUGGCGUCCGUUCAGUCACCAACACGUUCUGGAGUGGUUUGGUCUGAACUCCCUGGGGUCUGCGUUUAACUUCUGCUUACGGUUAGCAUGAGCGUUAGCGUGACCCGACCACGACGUCCCGACUCUCUGGACCGUUUCUUUACGUUUUUCCGUGUGAAAACAAAACUUUGCCCACAAAUUCAAACCAGAGCUAAAAUGUUCCGAAUCGAUCCUGAGAUUUAUUUUCUGAUUACGACAAAACAUCAGAACCAGUUGAAGCUGCAUUAAAGUGGAAUGAUCCUUUAAUGGAGACAGGAGGAGGAGGAGGAGGAGGGGGCGUGUCCCGCCGGGAGGAUGACGGACGUGGUGGGUUUGAUUCUUUGUGUUUCGGAGGCGGGUGGAGAUUGUCGGGAGCUUUUCUCAGAACAUAUCUCUCAGAAUGUACAGAAACCAUAAAAAGAAAGAAAAAAAAGAUGAAAUGAAGAUUUGUUUUUUCUUUACAGAUGAAUUUGGGGGGAAAAAAGAAAAAAAACAUUUUUGUUGAGUACAUGUAUUGCGAGGCCUCAUUUAUGUAGAUGUUUCACUCCAUUCAAAUAAAAAAACAGAAACGUU